GCGGACUGUCCACGAAACUUUUCAUACUUUCGUGGACAAGCCCUACUUUCAUGGACACCACAUCAAAGUUUUGCUUCUCCUGUGGACUCCGUCAAUACUUUCGUGGACUCCCGGCUUACUUCCAUGGACACACCCAUAUUCGCAGUUAAAAAGGAGUACUCAGCAAUGUACAAGUGAUUACGGGCACAAAAAUCGAGAUACUCCAGAAUAUCUGUCCGUCGCAAGUAAUCGCGAGCUACAGUGUCGGAAACCAAGUUGCUGAGGGUUUCCCCCCAACUCAGUUUCUUUCCAAGUAACGCCAUACCAGUCCAGGAGUGCAGUCUAACUCGCCAUCGCUAGUAGUUUUAGGCCGUGAAGGCCGGUUACUUAGUUCUUCGGUCUACCCAUGAGAUCACCGCGCUUUUCGACUGCUUGGAGCUUGAGCGAAUAGGCGUGUAGCCAGCCCGAGAGGCGUCGGCGGAGGAGGAAGGUCGAACGGAGUAAGGCGAGGAGGGAGGCGGAUUCGCGUAGGAGGGGGAGGAGGUCGAGACGGGGGGGCAGGGAGGGCGUCCGAUGGACGAGGCGGCGGCGAGAGGCGUGAAGCGAGCCCGCUCCGGAUCCUGCGAUACUCGCGGUGAAGCAAGAGCAGGCGAGACUAGUGCAUGCGACGCUGCGUCCCUCUAUGGCGACGUCGCUCGCGGUCAUACGGUAGUGUGUGCGAGUGUGCGAGCACCAGAGCUGCCCGUAGCGUCGGGCUCCACGGCUGACAUGGCGAUAGGCUCAAGGCCGGCAGGCUCAAGGCCGGCAGAGAGCGGUCCGAGCGCGUGCCGCGACGGCCGGAGCAAGCGAGUGAGAGGCGAGACGAGCAUGGCGAGUGUCGGCGUGGGCAGCGGCGGCGGCGAUGGCUCGGCUCCGUCGCAGGCGGGUGCUGCCGGGUGCGACGAGCGCGCCGGGCUGGCGGCGGAAGGAGGAGGCUCUGCCGCUCAUGCCGCGGGGGGCUCUGGCGCCCGUCCCGUGGCCCGUAGUGGCUCGGCUGCCGUCGCCUCCGCGCCUGUUGCUGGUGCUGCUCCCCGCCCUCCCACCGCUACGGCUACCGCUGCUGGGCAUAUGUCUGGGACCGCUGGUGACGCUGCUGCCGCUGCCAGCAGUGGCUCUGCUGCUGCUUCCACUGUUGCCUCCACUGCUUCUGCUGCUGCUGCUGCGGUUGGCGUCACUGGCGCUGCUGCUGCGCACGGCACAGCGUGCCCUGCUCAAGGGGCUGUCGCUCCAGCGGUUGACACGCCGCCAGAUGCCAGCACCCCUGGCGCUGCUCCCCAACCCGCCCAGCCUGCUCGCGUGCAAGUGCAAGCGGGUGCCAGUGCACGGGCGGAGACAGGGGGGGGGAGCGGAGGGGAGGGGGGUGGGGGAACGGGGGGGGACGAGGAGGUGGCGCGGGCGGCGCAGCUGGCGGAGGACGAGCGGCUGGCGCGGGAGCUGCAGCGGGCGUACGAGGAGGAGAGCUCCAUCCCCUUCGGCCGUGGGCUGGCGACGGACUACCAGCUGGCGAUGCUGCUGCAGGCGGAGGAGACGCAGCACCUGCGCUCGCGCAUCAUCCGCGCACAGCCCCGCCGCCGCCACCAGCCAGCCAGGCAUGACCCCAGGCAGCGGCCGGGCGAGCAGAGCGCGCAGCAUGCAGAAGAUCCGGCUCCUGCUCCGCCUGAACAGCGCUCGCCUGCAGGGCACACUGGCGAGGCAGCAGGGCGCGGGCAGGCUGGGGGCGGAGGAGGGGGGGGCGAGGGUGGAAGGGGCGAGCCGAGGAUGGGUGAGCAGGGGAUGGUGGCGGAAGGGGAGAGGGGGGAAGAGGGGGAGGGGCGAGAACCCGCUGGCAGAACUACUGGUGGCGGCAGUGGCAGCGGUGGUGCUGGCGGUGCUUCUGGUGGUGCUGGUGGCUCACAUGCGCGCCACCCCAGCACCGCUGCAAUGCCCUCGGGAUCCAGCCGGACCUUGGAAGCCGCCCGCCUGGCAAGACUAGGCAUGGCCGCAUCUGCAGACCGUGCCACGUCAGCAGCAGCAGGGCGGACCACGUCAGCACUAAGGAGCUACGGGCGGUGGUUGAGGCGAGAGGCGGUGGCGGAAACAGUGGCGGCAGCAGCAGCGCUGCGCAGUCAGCAGCAGCGGGCGGGUGCAGCUGGGGGAGGCGUAUCUGGGGGCGGCAUGGAUGGGAUGGGGGCGGGCAUGAGUGCAGCGGAGGUGCAGCAGGAGCUGCGGGACGCGGCUGAGUUCAGAGCGCUGCUGCGCGUGGAUGGCGUCCUCCCGAGACAGCCUGCUCGCCGCCUACAGCCUUUGAGACCCCAGCCCACUGCACCUGCACCUGACCAAGCACCUGACCAAGCACCUGACCAAGCACCUGACCAAGCACCUGACCAUGCACCUGAACAAACGCCCGAGGAUCCAUGUGAGAGGCGCGGUGAGGGGGCAAAUGUGGAGGCAGUUGAGGUGACGGAAGGAGGUGCAGGGUCAGGUGGAGAGAGAGGAGAGGCGCUUAGGCAGGAGGAGGGGAGAGGGGAGGAGGAGGAGGCGGAGGAGGAGGAGGUGGAGGGAGAAGAGGAGGAGGAGGAUGAGGAGGUAGAUGAGGAGAUUGAGAUGGUUGAGGUGGAUGGUGGGUUGGGGAUGGGCAUGGGCUUGUUGGAAGGGGGUGCAGGCGAGGAAGCUUAUAUGGAGGAUGUGGAUGGAGGGCAUGAGGCGGAUGAGGCGGAUGGGGAGCAUGGGGUGGGUGCGGAGCACGGGUUGGAUGAGUUGGAUGCCAUGGAUGACGUGGAUGCUGUCAACCACAUGGACGACACGUUUGAGUUCGACCUCACCACGGGGGAUGUGGGCCGCGUCAGCCACCUGCCGCUGCGUGUGGAAGGCGUGCCGGGGGAAGGGCAGGGAGGGCUGCACCCCACUGCGGGAGGCGCAUGGUUCACUGGGGGGCGCGCUGAUGAGGGCAGGCAGCGGCAGGGGUGGGGGGGGCGGAGGUGGGGGCAAGGGGGGGGGGCUGUGGGGCGGCUUACGGGGGCUGCUGCUGGCGGAGGGGAAGGAGAGGGUGGGGGCGUGCCUGGGAUGGGUGCUGUGAGUCUGGGCGCGUGGCAGGAGAGGGAGGAGAGGGAGGAGAGGGACGAGGCGACAGACGUGGUUUCCACACCUGCAGCGGCUGAGGUGGCUUCUCCACCAGUAGAGCGUGCUUCCCCUGCUUCGCCCUCCUUCCGCAACCUCCCCUCUCCUCCCCAAUCGCCCUAUUCUCACGGUCCUCACCUGGUGGGAGGACCCGCGAGGGGGCAGUGGGGCGCGGUGGAUGCACCUGGCAAUGCUGCCGGCAGCCGUGGUGCGAGGGCGGGGGGUAGUAUUGCGAGGUCGGGCAGUGUGUUUUCAUUCGGCACGCCUGCUGACUCGGCUGUGUCUGUGGGCAUGGCACAGCUGGGAGGAUUCACCCGCGCAUCUCAACUGCUCACCCGCCCGCCUCCCACCACACAUUCCUUCUCUCCUGCUCCUCCUGCUGCUUCGGCUCCUCCUGCUGCUGUUGCCGCUCCCUCAGCUGUCCCCGUGCGCUCUGAGCCUCGUGGGCGUGCUGCCACGGCCCUUCCAAGCGCUGCCAUGCCGGCGGGCUUGGCUGCGGACUCACCAUGGUCGCUGGGCAUGCGCGCCCGCGUGGGGGAGGGCCGCCUGCAAGCACCGGCACGUGCAAGACUGCCGCUACGCCCCUCAUCGCGCUCUGCUGCCAUCAGGCCUGCCGGCGACUCAGGUGGCAACUCCGGCAGUGUGGGCAGCACGAGGCCUGCCGCCCUCGCUCCCGCCAUCCCGCCCUCCUCCACUCCUCCCCCUGCCACCUCCCUUCCCGCCACACAUGCUGUGGCACCCCCUCUUGGCGUCAGCCCUCACCCGGCUGGCACUGCAGCACAGGUCGAGUCCUGGCAGCAGCUGCAGCAGCCGGUGCCUCGGGCCUCCCAGGGGGCCUUCACUCUGCGCCAAGCUUCAGCUGCUGCUGCUGCUGCUGCGCCCAUGGAAGCGGCGCUGGCAGGAGCUGCAGGAGCGCCAGCAGUGGCAGUGGAGCCAUCAGCGGCGGCAGCAGGUGCUGGCGGCGUGGUUGGUGGUGGGAGGGGCGAAGGGCGGUUGGGGUACGGAGUGGCUGAGUGGGGCGAGGAGGCAGGGGAUGGGCAGGGCAGGUCAGCAGUGGGAGGGGGAGGAGAAGGGCAGGAAGGCAUGCAGCGAGGGGCAAUGGAGGGAGGGGCAAUGGAGGGGAACCUUCGCGUUGGUGCUGAGGGCGAGGGGGUUGGGGAGGGCAGAGGGGAGGGCAGGGGGGGCGGCAGGGGGCAGGGCAGUGCAGAGAUGGCGGAGUCAGACGGCAGCAGCGCGCCCCCUGAGGCUGCUGGGGCGUGGGCAGGGCACGGAAGGUCACGGCAUGGCAGGUCAUGGCACGGGGGAGCAACGCGCGGUGGGGAGGAUGCGAGGGCCAGGGCUGCGGUGAGGGUGCAGGCGAGGCUGGCGAGCAGGGCGAGCAGGGGCAGGGUGAGUGGCGACUGGGAGGCAAGAGCUGGGAGGAGUGAUGGGGUGAGCGGUGGCAGGCGAUUGGUGGGUGUGGCAGGUGGGAGAGAUCACGCAAGGGGAGUGAGUGCGGGUGGGCGUGGGCAUGGGGAUGAGCACAGCAGGCCUGGGGCUGUGGGGAGUGGUGCAGGCGGGCAGGGCAGUGAGCGCAAUGCCGCACCUCCCUCCCACCCUGCACCUCCUCCGUCAUCCCACGCCCUGCCCUCCGCUUCGCCCCAGCCCGUGCUGCUGCCAUCCUUCUCUGCCCACCACAGGCUGCCGCACGCCUGGCGCCAUGUUGGCCGGAAUGAGGGGAUGGGCAUCGGCAGUAGGGGUGGGCGUGGGGAUGGUGAAGGGGGCGAGGAGAGGGAGGAGAGCGGCGAGAGAGGGUUCUUGUUUCAAACGGGGAGGGAGGCAGCUGCAGAUGCUCAUGAUACGCAAGCACAUGGCUCGCUUGCCACGUCAGCACAUAAUCCCCAGGGCGUGCCAGCGCAUGACCCCCACGGCGUUGCCCCUCACAGCACGGCGGAUCUGCCCCUCGCCCCGCACUGGAGCCCCCUCCUCCUGCCCUCCUCCCUCUCCCCUCCGGUGACGAAUCUGGCCCGCUGGCAGGUGCCAGGGAGAAGAGAGCGGGAGGGGAGCGGUGCUGGGGAGGGGAGAGGUGUUGGGGAGGGAGGAGGGCUGGCAGCAGCGCGUUCGCGGUGGAGAGAGGGUGUGAGGGAGAUGGGCGCAGGGGGAGUGGAGGAGUGGCGGAGGUGGCGGGAGUGGGGGAGCGUGCAAGGGAUGGGGGCAGCAGAGAGGGCAGGGGGUGCUGAUGAGUCGAGCGGGGAGGUAGCUGGGGGGGCAGUGGAGGGCGGGGCGGGUGGAUGGGUGGGUGAUGGGGCACAAGGCGAGGGUGAUGGGCAAGGGGUCGAAGGAGAGCAGCUGAGAGCACCGUUGGAUUCUUUGGGUGUGUCUGUGAGCCACGCAGCAGUGGCACAUGCUGGGGACGCAGAAGCAGCAGAAGAAGCACCAGCAGUGGAACCAGGCGCAGCAGCAGCAGCAGCAGCAGGUGUUCACCCCGCCCUGGCGUCAGCUGCCCUCACGGCUGUUCACCGCUCAGAAGCAGCAGGUGCUGACGCAGCAGCAGCCACAACAGCGGCGCGGGGGCUGGCGCAGGAGGAGGCGCGGGAGCGGCGGCGGCGGCUGCAGCGGAUGGUGGAGGAGAGGGCGCAGAUGGCUCGGGAUGUUGUGGAGGCUCGGGCCCGGGCGGCACAGCUGCUGGUGGAGGCUCGGGCGCGCCAGGAACGGGAGGCGGUGGACCGGCGGGCACGGGAGGCUCGGGAAGCGCUGGAGAGGCGGCUGAGGGAGGCUCGGGAGGCGGUGGAGCGGCGUGCGAGGCAGGCGGUGGAGAGGGUGGUGGAGGAAACGGGCCUGGAGCGUGUGGCGGCUGAAGGUGGUAAUGGGGCUGCUAAUAACGAGGAUGGGGUUGAGGAAGGUGGUAUGGCUGCAGCACCUAUCGAUCCUGUGUUGCUAGGCGAUGGGGCAGCAGGUGCGGGUGGGCCUGCUGCAGGGGAGGGUGUGGGUGGGGGAGGUGCAGCAGGUGUGGGUGGGAGAGGGGAGUGGGUGGAGGCGAGGAGGCGGGAGACAGUGGAGGAGAGGCGGGCGCGGCUGCAGCAGCGCUUCUCAGCGCUCACCCGCCUCAUGCUGCGCGACCAGGCAGCCACGCGCCACGCGCUCCGUGCCCCUGCCCCUGCUGGGGGGGGCAUGCCUGCUGCUGCGGAUAACGAGGGUGAAGAUGCGCCAGGAGGUGCGGGAGCUGCUGCUGCUGCUGGUGCUGCUGCUGCUGAGGUUGGGAUGGGAGGGGACGCGGAAGGGAGCAGGCGGGGAGGGGAGGCGGAGAGGAGGCGGCACAUGGUGGGCGCGUGGAGGCGGGACAGGGCUGGCCGCUCCUUCCGCUCUGCCGCUGACAUGAUCUCCGACCGCCUGGCUCUCUGGCAAGCUCUGGAGUCGGGCAUGGGCGGGGUGGACGCGGCCUUUCAGCGCAUUGCGCCGUUCAACCGCCCCGCCCUCGCACGCAACUUCCCCCUCGCCUUCCGCCUGGCCGCCAUCGACCGCGACUUCAACGAGUCGGACUACGAGAUGCUGCUGGCGCUGGACGAGAUAUCGGCGCCCGUGGUGCGCCUGGGAGCCACGCCCGAGGAGAUCGACCGCCUGCCCGCCGCUGCCGUCACGCCGCAGGACAGCGACCUGGACCCCUGUGCCAUCUGCAUCGAGGUGCCCUCGGAGGGGGAGAUGCUCCGCCGCCUGCCCUGCGCACACUCCUUCCACCGCGAUGUGAGUCAACCCAAGUCAACUCCUUCGACUGCGAUGUGAGUCAACCCAAGUCAACUCCUUCCACCGCGAUGUGAGUCAACCCAAGUCUACUCCUUCCACUGCGAUGUGAGUCAACCAAAGUCAACUCCUUCCACCACGAUGUGAGUCAACCCAAGUCAACUCCUUCCACCACGAUGUGAGUCAACCAAAGUCAACUCCUACCGUGAUGUGAGUCAACGGAAGUCAACGCCUUCUGUCAGGAAACAUAAAUUGGCCAUCGCCCCACCCAAUAUCACUCUACGCAUGUCUGUUGCAUUUCUUCUUGUGUGCUGAUGCCAUUUCCGCCAAUUGCCUCCCUUCUUUUCAGAAUACUCUCGCUUUUGAAUGAACCCUUCUGGUCCACCUUCCGACCGUUCUCCUCAUCUUACGCCUCUCCUCUGUCCACCACUCGUUCGAGACCACCUUCUCUCCCUUGUGUGCGCGUGGCAGUGCAUUGACGAGUGGCUGAGGCGCCGGGCAGUGUGCCCCAUCUGCAAGCGAGACAUGCGCAGCACCCACCACUGAAGGCGCUGCAAGUGCGGGGAUAAUCGCAACAGUGCACAGCAGCGCAGAGCAGACGAGGCAGUGAAGAAGCAGACACAUGACCAUACGGUCGCCAUGAGGCGUGUCUAUAUUCAGUGUUAUAUGUACAGGUGAUUCAUUCAUUUUCCAUGUACGGUUCCCUCAUGCUAUGAUAUUCCUGGUUGCAUGACAGAGUAUCCAAGCUCAAAUAGUUGUACUACCAAACAUCAGAGACUUAAGCGUUUCUGAAGUGUAACACUGUACUCGAGGAAGAUUACAGGGGAGCACGCGAGUCAACGGAGGUUACACGAGGGGGCGGACAAAGAAUACGAAAGGACCCGAAAGGUCGCAACUGGAGGUUGCGACUGACCGUUACAACAUCACGGA